CCCGUGUGAGGCCUACAUUACUGAUCCAGCAGCUCGAGACUGGUUCAAAAUGAGGAGAGCAGCAGUGGUAGUUUGGAUAAGCCUUUUGAUGCAAGUGUCCCAUGGUGCUCAGGGUCACUACGCCCGAAAACUGCUCAACGACCUGAUGGAGAAUUACUCCAACGCCCUCAGACCAGUGGAGGACACAGACAGCGCCCUGAAUGUGUCUCUGCAGAUCACCCUGUCACAGAUCAAAGACAUGGAUGAGAGGAAUCAGGUGUUAACCACAUACUUGUGGAUUCGCCAAGUCUGGCACGAUGCCUACCUAAAGUGGAACAAGGAGGACUACGAUGACCUAGAGAUGAUCAAUAUUCCCAGUGAUCUGGUCUGGAAGCCUGACAUCGUCCUCUACAACAAAGCUGAUGAGGAGGAGGACUCUGGCACAUCUAACACCAACGUAAAGCUUCGUUACAACGGAGAGAUCAUCUGGGACUCUCCUGCCAUCACAAAAAGCACAUGUGUGGUGAAUGUCGCCUAUUUCCCCUUUGACAAGCAAGAAUGCAACCUCACCUUUGGGUCCUGGACCUACAACGGAAACCAGGUGGACAUCAGCUUAGGCAUGGACGGCGGUGAUCUGUCUGACUUUGUGGAGAACGUGGAGUGGGAAUGCCUCGGCAUGCCAGCGUAUAGAAAUGUGAUGAUGUACGGCUGCUGCUCUGAUCCCUACACAGAAAUCACCUACAUCCUACGGCUAAAGCGGCGCUCCUCCUUCUACAUCUUCAACCUGCUCCUGCCUUGUUUUCUCAUCUCAUUCCUGGCACCGCUGGGCUUCUACCUACCGGCCGACUCAGGGGAGAAGGUGUCCCUGGGUGUCACUGUGCUGCUGGCCCUCACUGUGUUCCAGUUACUAGUGGCUGAGAGCAUGCCUCCAGCAGAAAGCAUGCCCUACAUUGGAAAAUACUACAUAGCCACCAUGACAAUGAUCACAGCCUCAACGUCUCUCACCAUUUUCAUCAUGAACAUUCACUUUUGCGGAGCUGAAGCCAAACCAGUCCCUCACUGGGCCAAGGUCCUCAUCAUUGAUUACAUGUCCAAAAUAUUCUUUGUGUAUGAGGUGGGCGAGAACUGCACCACACCAGAGAGCGAGAGAACUCCACUGUACUCUGAGGAGCCUAUGAGUGAAAAAGGCCUUUAUGUGGACGAUUACUACGGUCAAGACGAUACAUACAAGUAUUGCAAGAACCACAAGAGUCAGGUGAACGGUAACGCUAACCGCAACCACUACAACAACCGUGUGUCCCGGCUGGAGAAGGGAGAGGCCAAGCAGGAGCCUAUUCAGAGGUACCACCACAUCAUGAGAGAUGACCUCGACUAUCAGGUCCCUUCAAACCUGCAGCAUCUGAACGGAGGUCUGAAAGAGCAGCUUCUCUAUAACCCAGAAAAACCACAACUCCAGGCCUGCCACUGCUGCUGCUCGUGCUACCAACAUAAACAGGUGGUCAAGAACAUCCAGUACAUUGCCAACUGUUUCAGGGAACAGAGAUCGACUUGCAUCAAAGUGGCAGAAUGGAAGAAGGUCGCCAAGGUCAUGGAUAGGUUUUUCAUGUGGAUCUUCUUCAUCAUGGUCUUCCUCAUGAGCAUCCUUAUCAUUGCCAAGGCAUCUUGACAGCUCUUUUUAAUAAUUGAUGGACCUCAAUAGGCAACUAUCAGAAAGAUUUGAGUACCAGACACCUUUACAUGCCAGUAUUGUGUCCUGUGUGCUUGUGUUGUUUAACGCAUGGUUUGAUAUCACAAGAGCUGAGUCACUGUGUUCAAAUCAUCCAUUUAACCUCACGCACACACACAUUCACCCAGACUGUGUAUGGUUAGUUACCCUCAGGUGUUCUCGCACGUGUCACAGAAGUAGAAAGGUAAGACAAUCUAGAGCUUGUCCUGAACAUGCAUGGGCUUUGCAUUAUGGAUGGGCAAAGAGCCAAACUGCUAGAGGCAUUAUCUUACAUUACACGUCGGCAA